AUGCUUGGAGGAAGAAAUAUUUCAAAGGAAAGCAACAUAAAAUAUCUCUAUGGAAAUAUUGCUAAUUUCGCUUAAGUUCCUGCUUAUGUUGAGCUUUUAAAUGAUAUCACCAAAAGAAAUCUAUUCUAAGAAGCAUUAAAUGUGACAGAUCAAGAAUUCGAGGACUAUCUAAUACUAAUCAAUGACUUAGCAUAGCAAUUUAAGAUUAUAAAUUCUCAAAUAUUUACUCUGCUAGAAUAUUGGUUCUUGAUGAGAUACUUUGAUUAAGUAGCAGAAAUGAGACCUUUAAUUUAUACAUGGUCUGAAUAAUAAAUAAAGGAAAGAUUUAACAAUAUUGAAUAAUAAUCUUUGCCUGUUUAUCAUGAAUCAGUAACAAAUGAAUAGAAGGAGGCUUAUGAAUCUACAGUCAAGAUAAUCUGUGCAUAUUAAAAAUGUGUCAAGAAUUUUUUAAAGAAAAAACAUAUCAUUGUGAAGCAAAAUAUAUUCGAAGAAGUUUAUAUUAAAGAGAAAUUGGAAUUUCUACUUGACAGGAUUUAAUUUGACUAGUUCAGCCUCAAUAAACUAGAGCUACUAUCCUCAUUUUACAUGCCAAAUUUCAAAAAACUAAAAGUUCAAUUGAUAAGAUAGCUUUAGCCUAAGCUUUUGAAAUAAAGAUUAAUACUCUUGGACAAAAUGCUUUACUAACUAAAAAUUAUUUCAAUGGAAGAACCUAAUGAAUUAAAUGAAGAGCAUGAUUAGAAUUUAAAAAAUAAUGUACUGUUAGAGCUAGAAUCAUUGAAAGAUUUAGUUCUAGAAACAAAAUUGAGAAACAAUACUUCAGCACCUUAAUCAAAUAUAGCUUGUGAGUUUGCAAGUUAAAUAUUUUCUGCAGAGAGGCUAAACUUAAUUAUGGAAGUUUUCGAUACUUCGCAUGAAAGGAUUAAAUUGAUUGAGAAAGAAAUCUAAUAAUUAUAAAUUAUUAGAAUAAUUAUUGCCUCUGUAUUCAACAAUAAUGACAUUGAAACAUAGAAGUUUAUUCUUUAAAGCAAAAAAUCUUGGAAAAUCUUGAAUAAUGAUACAAAGAUGGCUAUAUUCAUCAGUUUAGUUAAUAAAUCUUAUAGUCAAUAAGAGAUUGAUAAAUUGAUUGUAGAAUUAUAUCCGCAUAUGGAAGAUUUAAAUAUUGUCGAUUUCUCUUACAUUGAUAAAUAUAAAAAUGCUUCUGUCAAUUUUGAUUAAUAAUAAACUAUCCAGUCCUUCCAUAAGAUCUCAUCUACUACCUACUAUUUUGGAUUAAUCACCGAAGAAGAUGAUUUAGUAACUUAUUUGUUAAGAGCUGGAAAAGUUUCAAUAGCAAAGACUUACUUAUAGAGUCGAAAAUUAAAUAUCAAGAUGAUGCUAACAUACAUAAUUAAUGCUGAUAAUAUAAAUGAGGAGUAUAUCUCUACUUUUAUAAAUCCAUAGCAGGUUCCUCUAGAUGAAUAUCCCUUUAUUUUCUCUUGGCUAUUAAUGCAAGCAAGAAACCCAGAUAUUGUAGCAAAAGUAAAUGAGAUAUAUAACUACCAAUUAACAAUUACUGAGUUCAACUAGUAGGAAUAGAAUGAUGAGUAUGACUAUUCUGCAUUGCAUUUUUUUAUACAAAACGGUUACUUUGAUAUUAUCGAGAAAUAUCUAAGCUUUUUUACUGAUGAGCAAAGGUAGAAAUUGAUAAAUUUAAAGAGACUAUUAUUUAAUAAAUUAACUAACGAUUACGACAAAUUAAUACAUCCAUUUGCACUUGCAUUAGAAUACGGCAGAAUAAAUUUAGCCAAAGUAAUAUGGCCCUAGAAAUUUGAUGAUAUUACAUAAGCCGACUUGAUUGCCAUAAAAAAUUACUUGAUCAGGCCCAUGACUCAACUUUAAUUCUAAAUUACUAAACAUUAAGGGGAAUAAUUUGAUGCAAUUGACUUGUAUUUAAGAGGAAAAUAAAAUUUUGAACUUUUAUUGAGACCUGCAGAUUAUUUCAAAUCUAAAGUUAAAGGCUUUGAAGAAAAACAGCUUGAAUAAAAAACAUACUUUUAUCACCCAGAUUAUCCUUUUGUGAAUUUGACUGUAAAUCCCAAGAAACUAGCAUUUAUUUAUAAAUUUUACAAUAUCUUCAGAGCUCAAGACAUUCUCAAGCCAUACAUGGAAGAAAGCUAGUCAAAUUAAAUUUAAGAAAAUCAAAUGAUAGUUAGUGAUGAAAACAUGCUAGAUAUUAUUCAAAUAAUUAAUAACUUCUAAUCAGCUACGUUUAAUUUUGGCUACACUGCGAUGUUCGACUUAACCGGUCUUGAAUUGACUGAAUCAGAUACUUAAGAUUUAUUUUUUCCAAAAUCGAGAACAUACUGGGAAUAAAUUAAGAUUAGGUUAGUUAAAUAGUAAUUUGAUUGGUUUAUUGAGAGGUCUUUGAAUUCCUUGCAGUAUAUGUUUUAAUGCAGCACAGUAUAUUUUGAUCCAGUCUUUAAUCCAUUUAAAACUGACUUUGAUUACUAAUAAGCAUGUGAUGUUUAGAAAAGUAUGAAAUCAUAUCUAUCAUUUGAUGACUAAGGGAAUCCCGUAUAAUUAGAUCUUGGGAAGGAUGUUUUAGAUUUUAUGAGAGAUCUCCAAGACUAAUACAAUCUUGACUUCUCGCACUUGAUGCAUGCUAGAUAAAUCUUUGUAAGAUUUCACCCUUAUAGUCUAUUCGAUGUAAACUAUGGAUAAAAUAUGAUUGAAAAUUUCUAGAAUGCUUUGAGAUUUGAAGAGGAUAGAGUUAUCAAUCUAUUUAUUAGUUAUAAAGAGAAUUUUUUAAUUGAUUUUAAUGCAUUUUAGCCUAGCUAAAUAGCUAUUAUGGAAUGCAACAAAUUUGAAAUUAACAAUGAGUAUCAGAAAAAUUUAAGAAGAAGCAAGCGGUUGAAAGGUUUAAACAUGAUAAUAUACAAGAUUCCAAAGAUUGAAAUUGAUUAUAAUACUUUCUAUUAGUAUUUCAUCAUUCAUACUAUCGGUGAUGAAAAUAUGGAAAAAGCCAACUAGCCAGAUUCUAAUGACAUAGAAGGAUAAAAAAGUGAAUGCAAUCGUAAUUUGUUCUAACAGAUCAUCAUAGAAACAUUAAAUCAAGUAAUGUAGAAUUAUGAAAAAUCUAUAGUAGAACACAAUAGCAAAAGACCUCUCAAAAUAAUUUAUUCUCAAAUAAGAAAUGUUCAAAUAGCUUUUAAGGAGGAGAAUGAAAAUAAUAAUUUGCUCGAAAAAUCAGAAUUAUUGCUAUAAAUAUAAGAAAAAGCAGAUAAAAAAGCAGCUCAAAACUAAUGGGUUCAUAAAUUAGAAUUAACAUAAUUUUAAUACGAGACAAUCUAGUUAAAAUAAGAAGAUAGAGUAGUCAUUGCAGAAUAAACGAAAUAGGAGGUUUUAUAUGACUUACUUCAAAACUAUAAUGCUUAAUUUCCUGAGGAUAUUGGAAUAAAAGAUUUGGUAAUAACUUUUACCACAAAAUUAAAAGAUAAUUGA